CUCGGUUUUGCUUCUUCCCCCACACUGGCCCGAAAUUAUUUACGACUAUUUGUGUUAUUUCCCAAACCCUAGAUCUAAACACCCCCAGCCGUCAGAUCAGAUCAAUGGGGAGAUCUCUUCUCAACCGUUGGAGACAGCAAUGGUGGAGCUAGAAGUAUCGCAUUUGUGGGUAUCCAAAAGAGUCGUGAAAGAUUAUUGUCUUGUGUGUUUUUUUUUUCUCCUCAUCUUGAUGGCCAACCAUUCGAAUUUCCUCUAGCUAUUAUAUUUUUUUUUUUGUUAUUUCGGUUGUGGUAAUGUGUGAUUUGGUUGCGCGCACGGGUCGGCUCCAGCAACGUUACAAAGAUGGCUCGCGUCUCAUUGCCGGGUGUGUUCCGUUUAGGUAUAUAGAAGAUGGUAAUUCUGAAUCUGGGAAAGUUGUUCAAGUGUUGAUGAUCAGCUCAUCUAGUGGACCUGGACUUUUGUUUCCCAAGGGAGGAUGGGAGAAUGAUGAGACUGUUAAGGAAGCUGCUGUAAGGGAAGCAGUGGAAGAAGCAGGAGUCCGUGGCAUUUUAAUGGAUUUCUUGGGAGAUUACGAGUUCAAAAGCAAGACACACCAAGAUGAAUUUAGCCCUGAAGGUUUAUGUAAAGCUGCAAUGUACGCCUUGUAUGUUAAGGAAGAACUAGAAACAUGGCCGGAACAGAAGACCAGAACACGGACAUGGUUGACUAUUGGAGAAGCUGUAGGGAAUUGCAGGCACGCUUGGAUGAAGGAUGCAUUGGUUGAAGGAUUCUGUAAAUGGCAUAAGGAGAUGAUGUGCAAAGGAGAUGAAGAUCGAAGUUUUAAAUGUGCAUAGAACUCUCAAGUUGGUUUCAUUCCUUUCCAUUUUGUUUUUUACAUUUCCUUCUCACUUUUUCUAUCCUGUAACAUUUAUUAAGAGUUUUGAAAAAGUUAUAUACCUUUAUAAAGUUUUUUUUUU